AUGAAUGGACAUAAAAGUUCUCUAAAUGAAAAGUCAGAAAACAAAUCAGAUGAAAGUGAUGAAAAAAAUCCUGUUAUUCAACCGGGUAAUGAUCAUGAUAAAGAACAACAAAAUAAUGAAAAUAAUAAUACAGAAGAAGAACUUAAUGAACAAGCUCCUCUGGCUGCUGCCAUGAUUUCAGAUGAUUCAAAUAAACAAACAACAUCAAAUGAAUCUAAUGCAACAUCCACACGCAUUUUUUUGGGUGUAGGUGUGAGUGUUUAUAAAGAAAACGGCACCCACAUCCUAUAUAAUUAG